UAUGCAGGAAGAAGGGUGGGUGGUGUGCCGAGCGUUCAAGAAGCGCGCCAUGCACCCGCCGCGGGGCGUCGCCGGCGCAUGGGACCCGAGCUACCCCUACUACCACGACCCCGUCCUCGCCGGCGCGGCGCGCUUCAAGCAAGAGUCCCCCGAGCUGGACGGCGGCGGCGCCGCCGCCGCCUCCGCAGCCAGCUGUGCCCUCCUGCACUACUCCAGCCGCCUCGCGGAGCUCCCGCAGCUCGAGAGCCCGCCGCCGCUGCCGAACCAGGAGAUGAGCCGCCACCGGGCCUCGGCCGCCGACGGCGAGGGGGAUCCCGCGGCGGCCACGGACUGGAGGGCGCUCGACAGGUUCGUCGCGUCCCAGCUCAUCCCUCCUGACGAGGACCACGCCGCCGCCGCCGGGCAGGGCUUGCAGCAGCAGCAGGAGUACUAUUGCGGCAAGGCGCCGCCGCUGGGGGCGGCGGCGCACGCCGUGGACAACAGUGAUCAGGACGCGACGGACAUGGUGGCGCUGCUGCUCCUGGACGGCGCCGCCCGGCACGAGGAGGCCGGGCUGCUGGGCUCCGUGGCCGACCCCGCGUGCCUACACAGGAACGCGGCGAGGUUUGCCGGCCAGCAGGAACCAUAGGUGGCAGCAGCACACUGCACACUAUACAUAUAUACAUGUAUAUUGUAUAUUCGUGUAGCUGAACUUGGCAUUCGUUGUCGCGUCCGCCGGUCGUUUUCGUUUCGCGUGCUUGCGUUGUCUGGGGGAUCACCGGCGAUGGCCGUAGCCUCGUCCAUCGUCAUCGCCGUUCCCGUGCCUAUAAUGGUGAUGCGUAUAUAUGUAAGAUACGAUAUAUAUAGUUUCACAAAUUGUAAUCACGAAUGUCGCCGGAGCAUUUUUGUCA